UUUCCAUGGCGGGGGGGCCUCGGGGGCUCCUGCUGGCCUUCCUCCUGCUCUUCUUCUUCCUCCUCCUCCUCCUUUGGGCCCCAGGGGCCACCACUCAGCAGGACCUGCACUACUACGCUGACAACGUCAUUGACCUCCUGGAGGCACUCAACAUCACCCGCUCAGUCUUGGGGGUCACCAAAGCCAAGGGCCCAGAUCCAGGAGUGCCGGCCUGGAAGUUUCGCCAGCGGGUGCCACACCUCACUCUCCCCUGGGAUUACUCUGUCUACUUGCUCUCCACGGUGCAGGGUGCCCUGGGUUUCCACUUUGUGGCCCGCCAGAGCCGUGGCUCAGAGGGGACCCUCAUCUCCCUGGUGUCUCCAGCUGCCCUCAAGCGAGAUGGCCGCCCGCUCUUGCAGCUGGUCUCCAACACUCAAGCGGAUGAACUUCGGCUGGAGUACCGGGCCGUUCACAACAUGGAACCUGCCCGCCUGGUCUUCCCCACCAGCAAUCCCUUCUCCCACAGCCAGUGGAUCCGGCUGGCUCUCAACCUGGAGCCGUCACGCAUAUCCCUCUUUGUGGAUUGCCAGGAACCUUUUGUCUUUGAGAAAGGAGGUGGGGAGGAGAUCCUCAGCCUCAUCCUGCCCUUGGAUCUCCAGAUCACCUUUGCCAGCAUCUUGGGUGACAAGACCAGCAAGUUCCUGGGCUACUGGCAGACAGCAGAGAUUUCCCCCAGCGGUUUCCCACACCGUCCCUGGCACUGUGACAACCUCCCAGAGCCAGACCUGCUGCCUAUGUCCUAUGCCAUCCCUGCAGAGCGGUACACAGAUCUGCCGGUGGAACAUCUCCCUGAGCUGGACUCUCCACCGCCUUUUGAGCCGCUGGCCCUGACUGACAUCCGCCACUACCAGCGGGAACCCAGUGAUUCGGACUUCCCACCUCCGGGGUCUUCCCUACGGCCCGAUCCGACCAGUCCAGAAGAGAGGAUCCGGAGGCUGGAGGAGCUGGUCGAUGGGCUUGGGACGAUGUUGGACAUGGUGAAAGAGCAGAAUUCUGACCUCCUGGUCCGCGUGAAAUCCCUGGAAGAUUGUGAGUGUCGCCCCCUGCUCUGCUUCUGGGAGGGGCGGCGCUACGAAGACGGUGCUUCUUGGGAGAAGGACCCAUGCACCACCUGCAUGUGCGUUCGGGGAAAGCCAGAGUGUUCCUUGCGCCACGACCGGCCACGAUGCUUGGGCUGCGUGGAUGGCAGAAAGGAAGGGGAGAGCUGGAAGCCAGAGCCAUGUCAGACUUGUCGGUGUAAGGGUGGCAAAGUGUUCUGCCAGAUGGAAGAUUGUGCCCCUGCCCAGUGCCAGCAUCCCGCCAUCCCUCAAGGGAAAUGCUGCCCCGAGUGCAGGGCUUGCCUCUAUGACAGCCGCCUCCUGGAAGAUGGGCAGAGUUACCUGGAUGGACCCUGUACCCGCUGUGUCUGCCAGGCUGGCACAGUGCAAUGCCAGGCCACCAAGUGCUCUGAGCUUUCCUGCCGAGAGCGCUACACGCCUCCUGGAGAAUGUUGUCCCGUUUGCCGUCCAGGUUGUGAGUAUGAAGGACAAAGGUACCAAGAUGGGGAUGUCUUUGUGGCCACGUCGAACCCGUGCAUGAAUUGCUCCUGCAUGAGGAGCCUGGUCCGAUGCCACCCCAUCCAGUGCCCACCGAUCCGCUGCUCCAAGGCUGUUCCCCAACCUGGGCACUGCUGCCCUCUCUGCCCAGUGUGUGAACUGGAUGGACGUUCCUUGGAGCCGGGGCAGGAGGUCAGCUCUGCAGAUGGAUGCCAACGCUGUUCCUGUUCAGAGGGGGAGCUGGUCUGUGUCCAAGCCCAGAUGUGUUCCAAGAUUUGCACCCAUGGACUGCCACCCAUGGGCGCCUCCUGCUGUCUGGACUGUUCCCGCUGCCUUUUCCGCGGACAGGUCAUUCCCAGCGGUGGAGAGAUGGCCGGCAGCAGCCUUUGUGAACGCUGCAUCUGCAAGGAUGGAAAUGUCAUCUGCUCAAAAAUCAUGUGCCCAAAGCUGGACUGUGCCACCACGGAGGAAGUGCCUGGACAAUGUUGCCAUCGCUGCCAAGGAUGCAUGGAUGGAGCAUCUCGCCACGAAACACAUGAGGAGUGGACUCCCCCACGGAUCCAUGCUGAGAAGUGCAAAUGCUGCUGCCUCUGCUCUUUUUGCAACACUAAAAAUGAAAACCUGCGACUCAAAGGAAUAGAUAUCGGAGUGGAAGGCAACGCUGUCUGCAAAAGAAGGCACUGUGCCAGCCUCUGUCGCCAUCCUGCCCGCCCUCGCCCAGGCACCUGCUGUCCUGUCUGUGAUGGUUGCCUGUGGGAAGAGCAAGAGUACCGCCGUGGGGAGACAGUGCCCAGUGGAGACCCCUGCAAGCGCUGCACCUGUAUGGCAGGGGAAGUCUCAUGUGAAAACCUGGCUGCCAACUGCCCUCCUGUUCCCUGCACCCAUCCUGGCAAACGCUCAGGGCAGUGCUGCCCAACCUGCAAAGUAUGUGAGUUUGAAGGCCACCUGCAUCCCAACGGAGAGACCUUCACACCUUCUGGGGAGAGGCCCUGUCUGCAGUGCGCAUGUGCAGAUGGGAACGUCCGGUGCCAUGAAGAGUUGUGUCCUCCAGUGCCAUGCUCCCAGCCGGUCCAAGAGCCAGGGCGCUGCUGCCCAUUCUGCAAAGUCUGUGUUUUGGACAGUGUGGAGUUUGAAGAUGGCACCGAGUGGGAGCCAGAGAGAGACCCUUGCAGUAUCUGCGUCUGUCUACAGGGGGAGGUGGUCUGCAGUGCUGUCCAGUGCCCCCCGGUUCCUUGCCAACAUCCAGCCCAACUACAAGGUGCCUGCUGCCCACAAUGCCAGCAAUGUUCCUACAACCAGCGGCUUUACAACAAUGGACAAGAGUUUCUUGACCCAGAUAAUCUUUGCCAGAGCUGCCGAUGCACGGAUGGCACAGUGAGCUGCACCCCCACAAUUUGUCCACCAGUGUCCUGUCCUCAUCCACAGAAGAAGCCAGGAUCCUGUUGUCCCAAAUGCCCAGAUUGUGCUCAUGAGAACCAUGUGGUGCCAGACGGAGAGGAAAUCCACAACCCUCUGAACCCCUGCCAAGCCUGCAUGUGCACUGGAGGAGAGUUGCGCUGCAAGGAACGGCAGUGCCCAGGUGCAUUGUGUGCCCACCCCUUACCAGGCUCUUGCUGCCAGAACAACUGCAAUGGCUGCAACUAUGCUGGGAAGGAGUACCCCAAUGGAGCCGAGUUCCCCCACCCCACGGACAAGUGCCGGCAGUGCCACUGCAUUAAUGGCAAUGUGCAAUGCCUGACCCGCCGCUGCCUUCCUCUGCUUUGCCCAGAGCCCUUCUCUGUGCCUGGAGAGUGCUGCCCCCGGUGUCCAGGUAUGGAAGUGCACUGUCCAACUAGACCUGUUUUGAUUUGCUGCUCUUCCAUGAACAUUCAAAGUCAGUGGUGUGAGGUGAAUAAUCCCUGGUUCCCCACCCUGUUUUCCUUUCUCCAAACAGGUUGCUCCUAUAAUGGCAUCACUGUGGCCAAUGGGCAGACCUUUGCCAACCCGGAAGACCCCAUUUGUUCCCAGUGUACUUGCAGAGCUGGCUCCAUUCAGUGCCUGAGGAAGCUCUGCCCUCCUGCUCCCUGUGCCCACCCUGUGCAGGAUCCAUGCGCUUGCCCACUGUGCCAAGGCUGCAGUUUCCAGGGACACGAAUAUGAAGAUGGAGAGACCUUUGUGUCCCUCAACAAGCCCUGUGAGGAAUGCCACUGCCUGAGAGGAGAUGUUUCCUGUGGCACCCGUCUAUGCCCAAUGCCCCUCUGCCCUCAUCCAUCACGGGACCCCUGUGGCUGCCCCACGUGCGAAUCCUGCAGCUUCCAUGGGAGAGACUGCAAGGAUGGCGAGCGCUUUCCAGACCCCCAGGAUGCCUGCAGCCAAUGCAAGUGUUUGGGUGGCACCGUGACCUGUUUGCCCUCACCGUGCCCACCUGUCUCCUGCAAGAACCCGAUCACUCCACCUGGACAAUGCUGCCCCAAAUGCACAGGCAACUGCCGAUACCAUGGACAGCUCUACAAGAGCGGGGAGGCCUUCAGUUCACCGCUGGAUGCCUGCCACACCUGUACCUGCCAGGCUGAAGUUGUCACAUGCCAGCCCAAGCCUUGCCCACAACAGUGCACUCACCCCAUGCCCCCCUUGGCACCUGCCUGCUGUCCAGCCUGUGACGGCUGCCGCUAUGAGGGCCAGGAUUAUGCCAAUGGACAGACCUUCACCUCAUCCUCCGACCCCUGCAAACGCUGUAGCUGCCUGCGUGGCAAUGUGCUCUGUGUCCCAGUAGUGUGUCCCCAGACGUUGUGUACCAAUCCCAGCCGCAUGCCAGGCCAGUGCUGCUCCCAGUGCCCAGUUUGCCAGCAUGCAGGCCAGGAGUAUCCUGAAGGCUCACAGUGGCUCUCGUCUCUGGACCCUUGUCAGCAGUGCUCCUGUCAGAAUGGGAAGACCACUUGUGAGGCUGUGCCUUGUGAAGAGACACUCUGCUCCCACCCAGCUCCAGGUCCUGGGCAAUGUUGCCCUCUCUGCCACGACUGCCUCUUUGAAGGAGAACGCUAUGCCCACGGGGAGGCCUUUAAGCCAGAGUCCUGCCUCCAGUGCACCUGCCAGGAUGGAAAUGUCCGCUGCGAGAUGAUCCAGUGCCCACCAACAUCGUGCUCCCACCCAGUGACAGAGCCCGGGGUCUGCUGUCCUCGCUGUAAAGGCUGCACUUAUGAAGGCCGAGAGCGUGCCGAUGGUACCAGCUGGCUGUCCUCCUCCGUCCCCUGCAUGGCCUGCAUGUGCGUGGAUGGCAUCGCAACCUGUGCUGAGAUCAUCUGCAUCAGCUCCUGCACCAAUCAGAUCAAAGUCCCCGGGGAGUGCUGCCCACUAUGCGCAGAUUGCAUUUAUGAAGGCCGUGUGUAUAGCCCAGGUGAGAGUUUCCAGCCGGGAAAGGAUCCCUGUGAAGUCUGCACCUGUGAGCUGAUGUCUGAUGGUGAGCAGCAUCUACAGUGUUACCGGAAACAGUGUCCCAGCCUCUUGGACUGUCCCCGGGAACAGAUAUUGGCGCCUGGGCAUGGGCACUGCUGCCCCUCCUGUGCCCAAGCCCUGAGCAACUGUACAGCCAGCCUGGUGGGCAACGAAGUGCUGGCGACGGAUGAGCCCUGCUACAGUUGCCAAUGCAAGGACCUGACCUGGGUUUGUGUCCACCAAGGAUGCCCACUGUUGAGUUGUCCCACUGCAGAGCGCUUCACCCCUCAUGGCACCUGCUGCCCAGUUUGUGAUGAGUGUGUGAUUGAAGUUGAGGGACGGCGCAUUUCUGACGGGGAAACCUGGAAGGACAGCGAUGACGGCUGUGUCUCCUGCUCAUGCAAUCUGGGUCAUAUCGAGUGCCACAUCGAGGAAUGCUUGCCCAUUGUGUGCCAGGAUGGGCUGGUGAAAGUCCAGGUGCCUGGGCAGUGUUGUGCCAAGUGCCAAGAUCCAGGUGGCAGCUGCUCUCACCAGGGCCAGACAUUCCAGUCCCAUGAGCACUGGCAAGUGGAUGAGUGUACCACCUGCACCUGCCUGUCCGGGGAGGUUCACUGCCGGAGCGAGCGUUGCCCUCCGACCACCUGUGCUGCCGAUGAGACGCCUGCCUUGCUCCCUGGCAUGUGUUGUCCGCACUGUGUCCCCCGUCCUGCCACCUGCGUGGCCUUUGGUGACCCUCAUUACCGCACCUUUGACGGAAGGAUGGUUCACUUCCAGGGCAGCUGCACCUACGUCAUGGUCCAAGACUGUGACGGGGGAGACUUCAGCAUUCAUGUGACCAAUGAGGACCGCGGGCGUCAGGGAGUCUCCUGGACCAAGGAGGUGACCGUGUUGGUUGGUGACACCACCGUGCGGCUGCUCCAGGAUCGUGUUGUCAUGGUUGACUCUCAGACAGUGACUCUCCCCUUCCUGAAGGAACCUCACCUGUACAUCGAGCUCAAGGCCAGCACCCUCCUGUUGAACACCAACCUUGGACUAAAGGUUCUCUGGAAUGGUCGCUCCCAUCUGGAAGUCAGUGUGCCUGGCACUUACAAAGGCCAGACUUGUGGGCUCUGUGGCAACUUCAACAACUACCCCCAAGAUGACCUGCGGCUCCGAUCCGGCCACUUGACCCUGUCAGAGGCAACUUUUGGCAACAGCUGGAAGGUGGUCACCACCAAUGCUACAGGCCAAGGCAGCAGCUGUGCUGACGGGACAGAUGUAGACCCCUGCAAGGAAUCAGGCUACCGUUCCCGCAAAGAGGCCAAUGCCCGCUGCAAAGUGCUCAAGGGUCUGCCCUUCGAACGCUGCCAUUCCGCUGUCCCUCCAGAGCCUUUCUUCGCCUCCUGCGUCUACGACCUCUGCGCAUGCGGAGCAGCCGGGAUUGAUGACUGCCUCUGUGAGGCCUUGGAGGCCUAUGCUGCUGAAUGCCGCCAUGCCGGGCUGGUGCUCCAGUGGCGUUCACCCACACUUUGCGCGGUGGGUUGUCCCCAGGACCGAGGUUACAUAUUUGACGAAUGUGGGCCCCCCUGCCCAAAGACCUGCUUCAACCACGCCGUGCCGCUGGGCAUCCUGGAGUCGCACUGCUUCAAGCCCUGUGUGCCAGGGUGCCAGUGCCCAGCCGGACUGGUGGAACACGAGGCUCACUGCAUCUUGCCGGAGGCCUGUCCUCGUAUCAUCUAUGGCAAGCUCUGAGUCAGCCCUGAACAAGACUGUCACCAGGGUCCCCUCUUCCCAUUGCAUAUCAUCCCUGACCACUUCCGGAAGGCUGAGACUUUAGAGGUGAGGGUCUUUUCCGGACAUUAAGGAAGAUUAUCAUUUUCUUAUGAUCCGGGUGAAAGAGGAGCACCCUGGCAGACGCUUCCUCUGAAAGGAAAUCAGUGAUAUGUCAAUGCAAAGGCAAAAACCAGCCAUUGUGGUGUGGAACAGGACAGCCUAUGUAUUUCAGCAUUCAUCGAAUGAGGAGGAAAGACAUGAAACUUAAUCCUUAUGAUUGAAAAGAAAAGUUGGAAGUGGUUUGCCAAAAUGUCAACAAAGUGGUUAUUCAGACAUUGGGUUGGGGGGGG